AUGAAUUCACAAGCUUCAUCUGUUACUAUGUUUGCUGGUGAGAAUUUCUCAGAAUGGUGUGAACAAGUCAACUUUCACUUAGGUGUUAUAGAUCUUGACUUGGCACUCCUUGAGAUUGAACCCACUGUUAUUACUGAAACUAGUAGUGAGGAAAAGAAAUCUCACCAUAAGGCAUGGAAUCGAAAUAACAGGUUAAGUCUUAUGUUCAAUAAGAUGACUAUUGCCAACAACGUCAAGUCAACCAUUCCACAAACAGAAAGUGCAAAAGAAUAUAUGAAUUUUAUGGAAGAAUGCUUCCGUUCAGCGGACAAGUCACUUGCUGGUACUGUUGUGGCACAAUUCACGACCAUGAAGUUUGAUGGGUCGCGAACUAUGCAAAAGCACAAUUGA